UUAUUCGUUUCUUAGAACAGAAGAGUUUUUGAUUGUGCAAAAAUCAGAAAGAGACGAUCACGAAGAUGGCGACGGAGAGUUCUUCAGCUAAGAGAUGGCUUCCACUCGAAGCUAACCCAGAGGUUAUGAAUCAGUUUCUUUGGGGUCUGGGUCUUGCACCAGAUGCAGCGGAGUGCAAUGAUGUGUUUGGAUUCGACGACGAACUUCUUGAGAUGGUUCCUAAGCCUGUUCUUGCUGUACUCUUCCUUUACCCCAUCACCAAAAAGAGUGAAGAAGAGAGGAUCGAGCAAGACAAGGAAAUCAUGGAGAAGGUGCAUAGUGAUAAAGUUUACUUUAUGAAACAAACUGUGGGUAAUGCUUGUGGAACCAUUGGUCUUCUCCAUGCUAUUGGCAACAUUACCUCUGAAAUCAAGCUUUCUGAGGGAUCUUUCUUAGAUAAAUUCUUCAAAUCCACUGCCAAUAUGACUCCUAUGGAGCGUGCAAGGUUUCUUGAGAACGAUAGCCAAAUAGAAGAUGCUCAUUCUGUAGCUGUUACAGCUGGUGAAACACCGGCUACCGACGACGCAGACACGCAUUUCAUUUGUUUAGCAUGUGUUGAUGGUGAGCUCUAUGAACUUGAUGGAAGGAAAGCAGGACCAAUUUCACAUGGUGCUUCCUCUCCAGCUACCCUCUUGAAGGAUGCGACGAAAGUGAUGAAGAAGUUUAUUGAGAAGAAUCCGGACACGCUCAACUUCAAUGUGAUAGCCAUCUCUAAGAGAACCUGAGGUUUUUUCUUCAAGAAGCAAAGAUCAGUAGUCUUGUUUCUGAGUUUAUGACUUAACUAUCCACGAGAUUUUAUAUAUAGGUGGUUUCUGUUUUACUGCAUUCUGAAUCUUCUUCUUCUUUUUUGUUUCUGAAAUCUUAUAGAGUUUAUGAUCAUGGUUUUAAGAGUGCAUUUUUUGUCUUAAGAGAAACAUAAAAAAAAAUUUUGGCA